GGAUCAGCUGACCCAACACUUCCACUUCCUCAGAGCCUGAACCCUAAUGGACGGAGCGGCUCAGUGUCACAGCGCCGAGCGGACCACGGGCGAUCGAACCUGUGUUACAUGACCCGUGACACACCAUGUGAAGUUUAUACUGGGAAACAGCUGUGCGGCUGGGAGGAGGGGGGGACACACAUCUGGAGCAGAGAAACACAGAGUGUGCAGUGUGGGAAUGGGUCUCAACUCUUUCUGGUCCAAAUGGAGAAUAAAGGGAGCGACGAGGCGGAAAAAUUGAAGACAAAGUUGUUGUCGGCCUGGAACAAUGUGAAGUACAGUUGGGCUCUGAAAUCAAAGACCUCAUUCAGUAGAAAUUCCCCAGUGUUCCUUCUGGGAAAAUGUUAUCAUUUCAAGGCUGAAGAUGACGACAGUCUCACAGACGCCUGCUGUGAAGCCUCUAAUGACGACUGCGUCAUGGGGAACGCUGAAGCUUUCCGGAAGGACUUUGCUUCUCGAGUGUGGCUCACCUACAGGGAGGAGUUCCCCCCCCUGCCCGGCUCCACCCUCACCUCAGACUGUGGCUGGGGCUGCAUGCUGAGGGCCGGGCAGAUGAUGCUGGCUCAGGCACUGAUUCUGCACUACUUGGGCAGAGACUGGACCUGGUCGGCGGCGCUGAACCUCCAGCCUUUAGACGCAGAGACGUGGACCUCCACUGCAGCCAAACGUCUGGUGGCCUCUCUGGAGGCUUCUCUGCAAGGCUCCCAAGGGCCCUCCGAUCCCGGGUUAAACCAGAUGCCUCAGGCCCUGGGACCUGCAGAGGAGGCAGAUGCACAUCUGAAAGAGAUGUACCACCGCACACUGGUGUCCUGGUUCGGGGACAGCCCCUCGGCUCAGCUGGGCCUCCACAGGCUGGUCCGCUCAGGCCUGUCGAUGGGGAAACAGGCAGGGGACUGGUAUGGACCUGCUGUGGUGGCCCACAUACUCAAGAAAGCUGUCGAGGAGGCGAUGGACCCUGGCUUGGCGGGUAUAACUGCCUAUGUCUCCCAGGACUGCACAGUGUACAGUGGGGAUGUGGUUGAUAGCCACGGGGCACCAGCAGCGGGGCAGCCCUCUGCCGAGCCGGCGGACGGCCCUGCUCCUCUGCAGAGUGACCGGCCAGCCUCUGCCUCCACACCUCCGGACGGCCGGGCGGUCAUCAUCCUCAUCCCUGUGAGGCUGGGGGGGGAGAAGACCAACCCUGAGUAUUUUGACUUUGCAAAGAGCAUACUGAGCCUGGAGUACUGUAUAGGCAUCAUCGGAGGGAAGCCCAAACAGGCAUGCUACUUUGUGGGAUUUCAAGAUGACAGCUUGAUUUACAUGGACCCUCAUUACUGUCAGUCUUUUGUGGAUGUCAGCACCAGCGAUUUCCCUCUGCAGUCGUAUCACUGCCCCUCACCAAAGAAGAUGCCUUUCAGCAAGAUGGACCCGAGCUGCACCAUCGGUUUCUACUCGAGAAGCGUCCAGGACUACGAGAGGAUCAGCCAGGAGCUGUCUAAGGUGCUGCAGCCGUCAGCCAAGGAGAAAUACCCAGCGUUCACGUUCGUGCAAGGUCGCGGCAGAGAUUACGACCUGUCGGCCGGCCUGACCCCGGAGAAGAGAGAGUGGCCUUUCAUCCGUGACCCGAGCAGGACGGUCACCACCGCUGGGGACUUCGUGCUGCUCUGACAGGACUGUUUGAAAAGACUCCUCAUAAGGUGCAAACUGCCACGUCUGUUUGUGACACCGAUGUUUUUUGAAGAACUCCUUUUAAACUCGGUUUCCUAAUUCGUCCUGGAAACUUUGUUGCUGGGCACUUUUAAACCAAUCUGCUGUUUUACUGGUUGUCCACUAACAUGAGUGCACUGAGUAAUUUGUCUGGAACACGGUGUUGAAUUUAAUCACAUAACAUUUUGAUAAACUCAUCCAGGAAAAUAACAGCAUUUAGGGGAACUCUAUUCUUUCAGCACUGUUAUUUGUAUUUGUAGCUCAGCACUCCCAUGUUAACAUGCUUUGUGAAUUCAGGUGUCAUGCAGCAGCGUUGUCUAACUUUUUUAAAGGUUUGUGAAGUACUUCACCUGUCGUACUUAGACAGAGAUUAUCAAGUGUAGAUGUCAAUACUCAGCAGUGGCCUGAAGUUGAGGAGAAACCUUAAUGAAUAAAUCUCUGGAGACAAAGUAACUUAACAACAGUUCAGCCACAUGAGAAACCUCAGCCACACAAGCACCUCAUUCUGUGUCUUAGCAAUAACCUGAUAAUAAGUCUGUGUUCUCGUCCCGCUGGUGUUCGUGUGGACUGAGUCGUGGAUAAGGAGGUGGAGGUGAAGAUGUUUUGUGCUGCACCUCACUAAGCACUGCCUGUUGUCAAUCAACCUUUACAACAGGAUGGUUUAAAUGUACUGUAUAUACAGAACAUUUUUAAAUAUAAUAAAAAAAAAAUCCUGAAUAUUUUGAACUCAGAUUCAGGGAAUUGCAGUAAAGGAAGAAAUACAAUAUAAUUAUUUCGGGGUCAUUAUUGUUAUUUGUGUUUUGUUUAUAACUGAAACCAUUUGGUCGAUUAUUUCAAAGCUUUUUGUCUAACAUUUCAUUUUGUGUUUCUUCUAUCUUUUGAUGAUCUAUUGCAGAUUUUACAAAACAAUUUUUACAACAACUGUACUGAAUAUGAAAUAGAAGUGAAGAUGCACACAAAAAAACAUGCACUUUAGAUCAUCAAGUUUUCCAACUGUUGAAUCUUUCUCAUGUGUUUUCCUCCAUCACAGCACCUGCAUUUAGUUUCUUUAAGAUAACCCUGCUAAAUUAAUUUCUGAAAUUUAAUGUUUUUAAUUUUUUGUUCAAACCACUGGUUGGAUAAAAAACUGAAUAAAGUAAAAUACUUGA